AGCCAUUUUGGCUCAAGGAUCUCAAGUCAGCGGCGCCCGGGCACCCGCAACGGGUAUUCAUUGACGGGUAGUUUGGACAAUGUCCGAAAGUUGCCACUUUAGAGCCUCUUUCUGGCAUUGCAGCGUUGCCCACAUCGGGGAGUCGGAGGAUUGGGUUCGCCGAGGCACUGGCCAGAGUCCCCGUGAGAGCGACGCCAGGAUCUCCGGGCUCUGCAGCCCCUGCGGAGGCAUGUUCGUCCCCCUCGUCCUGGCCCGCCGGCUCACCGCGCGCGCGGGCCUCGCGGUCGGCCUGCUGGGCGAUGGGGCCGGGCACCCCGCCCAGGUCUCGCGGUGCGGGCGGCGGUCGCGGCUCCUGUGGGUGGCGCUCGCGGGCUCGGGCCUGGCCGCGCUACUGUGGGCCGGCGAGCGCAGGAAGGCGGCCGCGGCGCCCCCGAGCGUGACGGGGCGGCGGCGGUCGCUGGCCGCGGUGGACCCGCUGGCGGUGUGCGUGGACGGCAGCCCCUCCGCGUACUACUGGAGGAAGGGCGACCCUGGCAGCAGCACGUGGAUCGUCGACCUCCAGGGCGGGGAGGGCGUGGACUGGUGCCACUGCGAGGCGACGUGCAGGCAGCGGUGCGCACCCGGCACCACGAGCAGCCUCUGCUCCUCCAGGGCCUGGCCGGAGGAGUUCGAGCUGGGCCCCGGGCUGCUGAAUCCUGCGCUGCACAGCGCGCUCUCUGGGGCCAACAGGGCCUGGGUGCCGUACUGCACCUCCGACGCCCACAUGGGCGACGCGGCUGCGUUCGGCAUGCAGUUCCGCGGCGCGCGCGUGCUGCAGGCGGUGCUCGCAGACCUGGUGCAGCUCGGCCUCGGCAGCGAGUCUGGCCGCCCGCUGGUGAUCCUCGGCGGCCAGUCCGCCGGGGGCCGGGGGGCCAUGGUCAGCCUCGAGUACGUCCGCGACAUGCUGGGCCCCGAGCUGGCGCAGCGGGUCGACGUGGUGGGCUUCCUGGACUCCCCGCUCUGGGUGGACGUGCCCCCCUACUCUGCCCAAUUCGUUGGCUUCGCGGCCAUGUGCCAGGGGGUCUUCUCUUAUGCGAACGUGACUCGCUUGGGCCGGCGGUGCGAGGCGGCACAUCCGGGGAGCGACCGCUGGAAGUGCAUCAUGGGGGAGUACCGGAUGCCGCACAUCAGGACACCGUACUUGCUGGUCGCCUCCCAGUACGACGCGUUCCAGCUGGGCCAGAACACGAUCUCCCUUCCCAAGGAUGCGAACGAGACGGCCUACGCUGACUCCCUCGCGAACCGCACGCGGGACCUGAUGAGCACGCUGCGUGCCGGCUGGCAGCCCGGCGGCCUACAGAACGCCGUCUUCUCCUGGACCUGCCACGACCACGCCUCCAGCUGCUCGUCGCGGGGCUUCGACCGGCGAACGUGCGGGCCCGACCGUGUCACCCUCGACGCUGCCACGCUGCAGUUCCUCGGUCUGGAGCCCCUGACGGGCUACCCCAGGACACUGGAGUGGAUCGACAGCUGCUCGGGCAUCAACUGCGGCGACGGGUGCGGAAUCGGCCUCGAGCGGCAUCAACGACUGCGGCCUCGACCUCCUGCGAGCAGGGCAGGCCAGGCCCUGCUCGCGGAUCCCGCAGGGCCCGGAGCAUCCAGCUAGAGGUUAGAGCCGUCUUUCGGAGGACGCGUACUGUCGAGGUGCUUGCAAGAAUAUGGUCGCAUUCGACUUUGAGUAGGAGACAGAAGCUACGUAUAUUUAAUGCUUGCAUUGCUUCCAAACUCACGUAUGUAUUAUUCACUGCGUGUCUUAACCAAGCCGAGCGAAGACGGCUCGACGGGUUCCAGAAUUAUUGUCUCAGACGAAUUUGCAAAGUCUCUCCGUCGUACAUCAGUCGGGUGUCGAACUGUACAGUUCUGCGUAUCAGCCAACAGACGCCUCCGAGCCAUAGUCUUGCGUGUAGACAGAUGUUGUACAUGAGCCAUUUGGCGAGAAGACCAGACGAGGAUCCAGUCAGAAGCUCGGUAUUUGAGCCAGGCGGUCUGGUUCUCCAGAGCGCCUUCUUGGGAAAAGGAGAAGAGGCCGCCCGAGACAGUCUAGGGGGCCCAUGGUGCUGAAGAGCUGCUUGAAUGUUGCCGGCGACGUUGAAGGAAGAGUGCUUGCCCCGUGCCCGCCCAGCUGGCCAGGGAGCGCCAUCUCCAGAGCCAGGGGCCCGGGGCCUCCUGCCGAGGCACUGCGAGCCUCGCCGGGCCCUGCCGGGCCUCCGGAGCUCGAGUAGGGGAUCGACUACUGCAUCGACUUCACCCCAAUAUCAAUCUGUUCAUCGAGCCCAG